CACAUCCUGCACUCCCCGGCACGCCCUCCUUCGCUAGCUGUAAUACUCUUGGACGAUAAAUCGCUCAGGUGUCUGACCUCUCACGAUCACGGCCACGGAAUCGCGAUUAUUCUUGACUUAAUCGGAUCGCGCGACGAACCAAAUCACACCUAAUUCCUUUCCCAACACCUAUCAGCAAAGGAGCUCGGAUUGCACAAUCGCACAAGCGUAGCAGGUGAAACAUAAUAAUGCCUAGGAGAGACACCGUCAGGAUCUUAAUGGUUGGGGACGAUGGGGUGGGCAAGAGUACGAUCAUCACAAGCUUGAUCAAGGAGAGUUUCGUACAACAUGUCCAACACGUCGUGCCGGAGGUGACGAUUCCACCUGAAGUUACUCCGGAAAAUGUGACGACCUGUAUCAUCGAUUCUUCCUCUUCCUCCUCCCCCUCCUCUCGCAACCACCUCCUGACAACCCUCCCUCGCGCCCACGUCAUCUGCCUGGUCUAUUCCAUCUCCGAUCCAGCCUCUUUCGAUCGCGUAGCAGAGUACUGGUUACCCCUCUUCCGGAGAGAGGGAGUUAAUGUGCCGGUUAUCUUGGUUGGGAACAAGAUCGACUUGAGAGGAGGCGAGGUUACGAAUGAGGCUUUGGAGGAGGAGAUAGGGCCUCUGAUGAGAGAGUUCAAGGAAAUCGAGACGGUCGUCGAAUGCUCGGCUAAGAUCCCUCUGAACGUCUCAGAAGUCUUUUAUUUCGCUCAAAAAGCAGUCUUGCACCCGACGGCGCCUUUGUAUGACAGUCGAGAGCAUAUCUUGAAGCCAAAAUGCACGGAUGCCCUGCGCCGGAUCUUCAAGGUCUCGGAUCAAGACAAGGAUGGAUUGUUGAAUGCCAACGAGCUGAACGCUUUCCAGCAAAAAUGCUUCCAAACGCCAUUACAGCUACAAGAACUUGAAGGUAUUCUCGAGCUCGUCAGGGCGUACGACCCUUCCUGCGUCCAGCCUGUCAUGUCGACGGCACCUUCGACCUCGAUGUCCCCUUCAGAGGGGAUCACCGAGCUCGGUUUCCUCUACCUGCAUACAAUCUUUGUACAGCAGGGGAGGAUGGAGACGACGUGGACCGUAUUGAGGAAGUUUGGCUAUGGUGAAGGGUUGGAGUUGACGGAUGACGUGUUGAAUCCAAGGUUCGACGUACCUGGCGACUGUUCGGUCGAAUUGAGCCCACUCGGUAACCAGUUCCUGACAGACAUCUUUGAGGCAUACGAUCGAGAUCAAGACGGUGCACUUUCCCAAUUGGAGCUGGACGACCUGUUCUCAACUUCGCCUGGUAACCCUUGGAUCGUACAGGGGUUCCCGGGGACGACAAUAACAGAUGAGACCGGCAAGGUCACGCUGCAAGGGUGGCUGGCGCAGUGGAGUAUGACGACGUUAUUGGAUCACAAGACGACCUUGUCCUACCUUGCAUACUUGGGAUACACUUCUUCACCCUCUUCACUGGACAUGCCCACGACUACCGCCCUCAAGAUCACACGGCCGCGCAAGACCGAACGUCGCCAGAAAAAGGUGACAAGGAACGUCUUUUUGUGCUACGUCGUUGGGGCCGCAGGGUCAGGCAAGACGAGCCUCUUAAGGAGCUUCUUGAGCAAGCGGUUCCGAGGAGGAGAAUUGGGGGACGUGGGGUACGAACCGACGAGCCGGACGAUGAGCGCGGUGAAUUCGGUAGAGAUGGGUGGCGGAGAAAAGUACUUGGUGUUGCAAGAAUUCGGUUCGAAAUACGAGAGCGAGGUUCUCCGGAGCCGGAAAAGGCUCGAUAUGGCCGACGUCAUCAUCUACCUUUACGAUUCGAGCGAUGCCAACUCAUUUUCUUAUCUCGCCAACAUCAGAGAGUCAUAUACGUUAGAUCACAUACCGAGCGUCUUUGUCGCGACCAAGGCAGACUUGGAUCUGACACAACAGCGAUACGAGCUACAACCCGAUGUGUAUGCACGGAAACUUGGGCUCCCCGUCCCAAUGUCCGUCAGUGUCCGGUUAGGCUCGGUACCAAAUCUCUGGACUACCAUCACACGAGUCGCCCUUGAUCCGACGUCUUCCAUUCCACGAGGACCAUCGACGGGUAGGAUGACGACAAGAACAAUGCUGACUUACCUUGGGGUAGCCGGAGUCACGGGCGGGGCUGCGGCGAUCGUCUACGCGCUGGUACGCUAUAACAAGAUCAGUUUGGGAUGGAUAGGACGGUGGUGGGGCAGCGUUUCGUCCGGGUUGGGUUUGGUCAAGAGGGAACUAUAGAUGCGGAUAGGUCAUACCACUACUCUGUCAACACAUCAUGCAUGCAUGCGUACCUACGCCCUGGCGAUUGGAUCGUUCACACUUG